AUGGCUCGAGCCGUGUUUCUUGUAUGCCUCCUCUCCAUAUUAAUGUUGGUGCCGACGGGCCUUGCACAAGGUUUAGGUGUCAACUGGGGUUCCAUGGGGUCUCACUCUUUGCCUCCGAAAAAUGUCGUUCAGAUGCUUAAGGACAACGGGAUCAAGAAAGUGAAGCUUUUCGACGCUGAGCCUGAUACCAUGGAUGCCUUGGCCGGGUCGGGUAUGCAGGUCAUGGUUGGAAUCCCCAAUGAGAAGUUGGAAAAACUUGCUGAUAGCUACAAAGAGGCUCAAGAAUGGGUGAAACAAAAUGUAACCAAAUAUCUUCAUGACGGGGGCGUCAAUAUCAGGUAUGUGGCUGUUGGGAACGAGCCGUACUUAACAAGUUACAAUGGUACUUAUGUGAAGACUACUUACCCGGCACUGAAAAACAUUCAAAAGGCGCUUGAUGAAGCUGGCUAUGGAGGCAAAGUCAAAGCCACAGUGCCCUUCAAUGCUGAUGUCUACGAAUCUUCUUCAAACAAACCAUCAGACGGGCGUUUCCGAAAGGACAUCAAGAACAACAUUGUGGAGAUUCUCCGUUUGCUUAACGACAAUAGGACCCCAUUUGUUGUCAACAUCUACCCCUUCCUCAGUCUCUACCAGAGCUCUGAUUUCCCUAAAGAAUUCGCUUUCUUUGAAGGCGGUAGCGAGCCAGUUAAGGACAACAACAUCGAAUACAAAAAUGUCUUUGAUGCAAAUUGUGACACGCUGAUUUCUGCACUCAAAAAGGUUGGAUUUGGCAACUUGGAUAUCAUAAUUGGGGAAGUAGGAUGGCCUACUGAUGGUGACAUAAAUGCCAAUGGGAAAAUGGCAAAGAAGUUCUACGAUGGCCUCCUCAAGAAACUGGCAACCGAAGAUGGUACCCCUCUAAGGAAAAAGAAAUUGGAAGUGUACCUCUUUGGUCUCUUCGAUGAGAACCAGAAAAGCAUUGCCCCGGGUGACUUUGAACGUCACUGGGGCAUCUUUCGCUACGAUGGACAGCCUAAGUUCCUGAUGGACCUCAGCGGAAAAGGGCAAGGGAACAAUUUGCUUAAAGGAGUGCAAGGAGUGCAGUACUUGGACCAGCAGUGGUGCGUGCUGAAGAGCGACGUUAGAAACUUGAGCAACACGCAACCAGAAGUCGGCUACGCUUGCUCGAUGUCGGAUUGCACAAGCUUGGGGGUUGGAAGGUCGUGCGACUUGGAUCAACAUGGAAAUGUCUCUUAUGCUUUCAAUGCUUACUUUCAAAAUAAAGACCAAGAUGUUAGGGCAUGCGAUUUCAAUGGGAUGGCUAACAUUGUCAAACAAAAUGCCUCAAGUGGAGAUUGCCUGUUCCCGAUCCAAAUUUUAAAUGCCGGAGUGAGGCCCGAAUUGAGCAUCUUUGCAGGACUAUUCUUGAUCCUGAUGAGCUUCUUCACCUUAAUCUAUGUGGCUGUUGGGAACGAGCCAUUCUUAUCAAGUUACAAUGGCAGCUAUGUUAAGACUCUUUUCCCAUCAGUGAAAAACAUUCAAAGGGCCCUAGAUGAAGCUGGCGUCGGACAAAAAAUCAAAUGCGUAGUGCCCUUCAAUGCCGAUGUUUACGAAUCCCCUUCGAACAAACCAUCAGACGGGCGUUUCCGAAAAGAUAUUAUGAAACAUAUGUUGGAGAUACUACACUUCUUUCGUGCCAAGAAGGCCCCAUUUGUUGUGAACAUCUACCCCUUCCUUAGUCUCUACCAAAGCACUGGUUUUCCCCAAGAAUUCGCUUUCUUCGACAACGGUAGCCCGAUUAGAGAUAAGGGUGCUCAAUACAGCAAUGUGUUUGAUGCAAAUUAUGACACACUUCUUUGGGCACUUAAAAAGGUAGGUGUUGCUAACUUGGACAUUUUAAUUGGGGAAGUAGGAUGGCCUACCGAUGGCAACGGUUAUUGUAAUAACAGAUUGGCUAAGAAGUUUUAUGAUGGCCUACUAAAGAAACUAGCAAGCGAAGAGGGAACCCCUCUGAGGAAAGGCUACUUGGAAGUGUACCUAUUCGGGCUUUUUGACGAGGAUCAGAAAAGUAUUGCUCCAGGGGACUUUGAGCGGCACUGGGGCAUUUUUCGAUAUGAUGGCAAGCCUAAGUUCCCCAUGGACCUUGCCGGCCAAAAUUCGGGACACCAGAUGCUAAAAGGUGUUGAAGGAGUGACGUACUUGGAAAGGCAAUGGUGUGUGUUGAAUAGUGAUGUGAGGAACUUGAGCAAAGCUCAAGUGGAACUCAACUAUGCUUGCUCACUGGCGGAUUGCACAAGUUUGGGGAAGCAGAGGUCUUGUGACUUGGAACUGCAUGAUAGAAUCUCUUAUGCCUUCAAUGAGUUCUACCAAAGUAAAGACCAAGAUGUAAGGGCAUGUGAUUUUAAUGGGAUGGGGACUAAGGUGACACAAGAUCCCUCAAUAGGAGAUUGCAUAUUCCGGGUGCAGGUUGCUUUAAGUGCCGGAGAGAGGCGGCACGGCUUGAGUUAUGCCUUGAGUGUCUUUGCACCACUAUUUUUCAUCAUGAGCUUCUUCACACUGUUGUAA